GAAAUAUCUACAAUACAUAAAUUCAAAUCUGUUCUCUAAUCUGUUGUCAUUCCUCGUACUACCACUAGAGGGCGACCACAGCUACACAAAGGAGACCGAGCAGCAUCAUGCCGAGCAUCACCGUUUCAGGCCACAGCCCUCUACACAAAGGAAUCAGCACAUCUACCCAUCUGUAUGCAGAGCACUUGGUACAGAUUGCUUCUGUCCAUGCUGAGUCACUGACAGAAUCAAUUGACAGAAUUUCUUUACCUUCGAUGGAGAGCUUCUCCACAGCACGCCUCUCUCCACGGCUGCAGUGAGGCGGCAGACAGAAGCCGCGGACGCUGCGACCUGUUCGGACUCGGGAGCUCAGGACGUAGUCUGGGUCGAGGUCGUCGCCACCCUGAGGAGGAGGACACGUGUUAGUUUCUCUGUUCAGAAUUACAGUCAGCCAUGUUAACUGAACAGAGGGCUGCGCUACCUUCAGGUUGGCAGGGUUGAUGUCAGUCUUGUGCUUGUCUGAAGGUUUGUAUCCUCCAUGUCGGUCCUCGAUCACGGGGUCCAGCAGCUCCUUGAACACCUCAUACGUCUCCUCGUCUCCUGCGACGCAGCCCACGGUCAUGAUGAAGGGGUGGCCUGCACACAGAGGCAACAGGGUCACAGAGGGCACAGCGGACAGACUGACUUCACAUCCUCACUAACUCAAUGUGCUGAGUGUCAUCACAUCUCAGGAUGGAGCUGCAUUACUGUACCAGGAUUGUCAACCCCUGUCUGAAUGACACCAUCUAUGGUGAAGCCGUUGGGUGUAGCCAGCUCUCUCAGCCUCUUGUACAUGUCCAGGGUUAAGAACGUGGCCAUGUGGUUGUUGUGCUGACUGAGAUCUGGGAAGUCUUCCUCAGCUGACAGCUUCUUCAGCGUCAUCUUGGCCAUACUCUCAGCACUAAACAGAAGCACAUUCUGCAGGGUGAGCCUGGUCCCUGCUGCAGUGCAGGGACCAGGUCCACCUGAACACUCUGAAUGGUUUAAACACCAUUGGGUUGACAGAUUAAUCUACACUGGGCCGUGUGCGUGUUAUGAAACAGUGAAAGCAGCAAUGGAUUAUCCACUGCCGCCCUGCAUACAUUAUGCAACACUGCUAAUCUUUAACAUUUGCUAUAAAGCUUUGUAAAAUGCUGUGAUAAUGGAGGUCUAUUUAGAGGAAGCUGACAGGGUUUCUAACUGACUCAGCUCUCAAUAUGUCUCUUAACGUUAGAGAGUUUAUCCCCUACACAAGGUCGCAGUGCACAAAGCUCUCAGGGACAAAGCGCACAGCGCCGCUGCGGCCAUUAGACGCGCAGAACAGAUGGCGGUUUCGAUGAAAAGCCGUUUUUGUUUUUACCUGGGUUAUCUAUCCCAGUCUGAAUGAUAUCAUCCAGAGUAAAUCCACUGGGUGUCUGUUUGCUCCUCAGCCGCUCGUACAUAGCAGGAGUCAGGAUCUUGGCCAUAUGAUUGUUGUGUUUGGUGAGGUCCGGGUACUCCUGAUCGGAGGAGUACUUCAUCUUCUCCUGGUUGUGCGUGUUACCGAACGGCAUGGCUGAUCCCUGGGCGGAGGAUGGAGGGAGACACGGUGAACAGUGAGGAACAGUCAAACAGAGUCUGCUGCAGAUUAUUAUGGAGGUUACGUUUAGCUCGUGUGACGAUGAAACGUCCUGCAGUGAACACGGUGUCCUGAUUGCGGUUAAACAGGUGCAGAAAUAUGCAGCAGAUACAUUUUAGGGGAAAUCGUAUGCAUUGUUUUAUUUUAUAUUAUCCCAUUAACAUAAAAUCCAACAGAUAACGUUAAUCUUUUUAGCGAAAAUCUGACAUAUUCAAAAGGCUAUGAAACCGAGCAGAAAUCAUUUAAUCGAUCAAAUUCAAAGAUUAUUCGCCAGUGUGAUGGAAUUUGUCGUUAAAUUAAAUAUUAUUCAUACCUGUUGUCGUAUUUGAGGACUAUUGCUACCUGGUGUUGAGACAAAUAUCCCUAUUGUUCCGACCGCGGAGCUCACUAAGCAGCAGCGUUCAGCAGAUCUCCGGUCAGGCUUAAGACUUGAGAUCGUAAUUUAUAGGCGACCGUCUCUCCUCCCAUUGGUCAGAAUCUGUAGUCAAUUAAUUUAAUUGGACGCGCUCUGUGUGAAGCGGGGACUCCGUCUACAUGCACAUAUUACACAACUAAUUCAAUAAAUAGAAAUUUGCAAAUAAUAUAAAAUCCUAUGAUCCAAUCCAACAGUUUAUUUUACAAGAUCGAUAACCUGUUUUACCAACAAAACGUUAAAUUAAUUGGAACUGAGGGAAAGUUGUGUUCAAGUGACGUAAUUUAUGUGUACAUUUAUGAAACAACUUUUCAUACUUUUAGUAUAUUUUUAUGUAAAUAUUUCUGUACUUUUACUGAAAUAAAAUUGUAAUUACAAGACUUUUAAUUUUACAUUUCGGUAUUUAUUUUUUUGUACUAAAGAUACUGAUCUGAAUACAUCUUCCACCGCUGUUGUGCUCACGAGAAAAGUGUGUUAUUUCUUUCUUGUGUUCUUUCUAGAACUCAAACAUGGUGUCAUAUUAAUUUACAAAAGGCUCCAUUAGGAGGAAAGCUUUCUCAUAUUUUGGGGAGAUUUCGUGCUUACGUGACCAUAAAGUAAUGCACCGUCUGGAGGUGAAACGCAGAUUUACAAAUCAUCCGUACUUCCUCUUUGAAUCCACUUUGUCAGCGAAGGGAGUUUACUAGUUCAUGGAGUACUUCCGCUUCUGGUCGUGUCUCCUCGACUUCCUCUGAAAACAACACCACGUGUGUGAGGAGAAUGAAUGGGUAGCUGUCAGCGCUGUACACGUUCAACGACAUUAAGAGCACAGUUUACCGUUUAGCGUCCAACGGCUGUGUUCUUUUGAAACUCAAACGUCACGAGACGACUGACGGUGCUCACCAUGAGUUUUGUGGAGUACUCGGACCUCAUUCAGGAUGGUGACGUCGCUAUCGUCUACCUGGGCCAUGAAUCCAUGAUGCCGGUCAAGGUGCAGCAGGGCGCCCAAACGCAGACACGCUAUGGAGUCAUUCGCCACUCCUCAGACCUGAUCGGUCAACGCUACGGGUCGAAGGUAACCUGCAGCAAAGGCGGGUGGGUCUACGUGCUUCACCCGACGCCGGAGCUGUGGACCGUCACCCUGCCGCACCGCACACAGAUCCUCUACACCACCGACAUCGCCACCAUCACCAUGAUGCUGGAGCUGAAGCCGGGCUCCGUCGUCUGCGAGUCAGGCACCGGUAGCGGCUCUCUCUCUCACGCCAUCCUGCGCUCCAUCGCCCCCUCGGGUCACCUGCACACGGUGGAGUUCCACCAGCAGCGGGCGGAGAAGGCGGCGGAGGAGUUCAAGGAGCACCACGUGGAUCGCCUGGUCACCGUCAGGAACCAGGACGUGUGCAAGGACGGCUUCGGGGUGACCGGGGUGGCGGACGCCGUCUUCCUGGACAUCCCCAGCCCCUGGGAGGCCGUGGGACACGCCAAGGCUGCCAUGAAGAGACAAGGAGGUCGGGUGUCUUCGUUCUCCCCAUGUAUCGAGCAGGUCCAGAGGACGUGCGAGGCGUUGGCGGAUCAGGGUUUCGAGGAGAUCAGCACCCUGGAGGUCCUGCUGAGAGUCCACGACGUGCGCACCGUGUACCUGCCGAUGCCUGACUUCGGCCCCGACCCCUCCUCUCAGACUCGGCCCGAUGCCGCCGAGAUAAAGCCUCCGACCUCCGUCGCCUUGAAGACCACAACCCUGCCCAGAGAAACGCAAGGCCACACAGGGUACCUCACCUUCGCCACCAAACCAAGAACCUAAAGAGAUUGCUCCAGUAAACUGGGACGUGGUUUAUCAGCUCUCUGCCUCGCUCCGGUGUAUUUUCCAUCUACAUUAAUAAGACUGUGAUAAUCCAGCGGGGGCACCAGGCUCCUCCAGGUCCCGACUGGCACUGCAGGUCAUUUUAUCCUCCUGUCACUUGGCACCGGUUUGUUGCUUGCAUCAAGCACGAGUGAAUUUAAUUUGAGAAGCGUUUACUCUACUUUAUGUCUCCCCUUUUAUAAAAAUCUAUUUUUAAUCAAUUAUUUCAUUUGUUUGGGGAAGAAAUGUUUUCAUUUUUAUCCUCUUUCUUUGCACUUUUGUAUUCAAGUAAAUACAAUAAAUGUGUGAAAAGA